CGUGCACACGUGCUUGCGGUCUAAGAAGCACAGCAGUAGAAGAAGACCAGCGGAGGCUUGACGUAGCGUCGCUCCGCCCUGUUCUUCCUUUUUCACAGUGGCAGUCAGCGAGACACCAUGAAGGCGUCUGGCACACUUAGGGAGUACAAAGUUGUUGGGCGUCUCUUGCCCUCUGCCAAGAACCCGGCACCACCUCUGUACCGUAUGAGGAUCUUCGCCCCUAACCAUGUGGUGGCAAAGUCUCGCUUCUGGUACUUUGUCUCCCAGCUGAGGAAGAUGAAGAAGGCUUCUGGAGAGAUUGCGUACUGCGGACUGGUUCAUGAGAAAUCUCCACUGAAGGUGAAAAACUUUGGCAUCUGGCUGCGUUAUGACUCCCGCAGUGGCACACACAACAUGUACCGCGAGUACAGAGACCUCACCACCUCUGGAGCUGUUACCCAGUGCUACCGUGAUAUGGGUGCUCGUCACCGUGCUCGUGCUCACGCCAUACAGAUUAUGAAAGUGCAGGUGAUCCCAGCCAACAAGUGUCGCAGAGCCGCCAUCAAGCAGUUCCACGAUUCCAAGAUCAAGUUCCCUCUGCCCCACAGGGUCCUGCGUCGCCAGCACAAGCCCCGCUUCACCACCAGGAGGCCAAAAACAUUCUUCUAAAGUGUAUGUUUUCAGUCCUGUUCAUUGGAGAAUUAAAAAAAUUUACAAAAUUAAA